AACGCCGCCAUAUUGCCCCGCUCCCAUGGCAACGCCGCCAUCUUGCCCCGCCCCGUUCCCAUGGCAACGCCGCCAUAUUGUCCCGCCCCCGUUCCUAUGGCAACGCCGUCGUCUUGCCCCGCCUCGUUUCCAUGGCAACGCCGCCAUGUUACCCCGCCCCCCGUUCUCAUAGCAACGCCGCCAUAUUGCCCCGGCCCGUUCCCAUGGCAACGCCGCCCUAAUCCCGUUCCCAUGGCAACCCCCCUUUGCCCCACCCCGUUCCCAUGGUAACGCCGUCAUCUUGUCCCCCGUUGCCGUGGUAACCACUCCUCCUUUUCUCCCUCUCGUUGCCAUGGCAACGGGCAGUGGGCGCGGCUCUCCCCGCCAAUCGCUGCUCUUUCUGCGUUACGCCCCGCCCCGGACGUGACGUUGGCGGAAGCGGCGGCGCUUCCGGCGCGGCGGCGAUGGCGAAGCUGCUGAGCUGCGUGCUGGGCCCGCGGCUCUACCGGGUCCAUCGGCCCCGCGCGCCCGCCAGGGCCGGGGGGGACCCGGGGGGGCCGCAGGGGGCCGGGGCAGCCCCCGGGGACCCGGCCUGGGACUCGUACUACCAACCGCGGGGGCUGGAGAAGCACACGGACAGCGUCCUGGCGCUGGCCUCGGUGCUCUGGUCCAUCUCGUACUACGCGUCCCCCCUGGCCGUCUUCUACCUCUACCGGAAAGGUCUGCUGACCAUGUCCCGGGUGGUGCCCCUGUCCCACUGUGCGGCCACGCUGGGGCUGCUGCUGGCGGGGGUCGCCUGUCUGCGAGGGCUGGGCCGCUGGAGCAACCCCCAAUACCUGGAGUUCAUCGCGGCCCUCGAGGAGAGCCACAGGACGGGCACCCCCGAGGCCAAGCGCAAACUGGGCCUCUACACCUUCGACUUCCGCAGCUGGCCCGUGGAUUUCCGCUGGGACAGCGCCGGCCCCGCCUGGUCAGAGCCCCAAAAUCCCCCCUGGGACCACCCUGGGACCCCUCCCAGCACCCCAAAACACCCCUGGGACCCACAGAGACCCCUCCCAGCACCCCAAAACCCCACUGGGACCACCCUGGGAACCCCCUGGGAGCCCCCAAACCCAGCAGGGACCUUCCCAGCACCCCAAAACACCCCUGGGAACCCCCUGGGAACCCCCUGGGACCCCAGGGUUCCCGGCGGUGCCGCUGCUCAAAGUGCCCCCCCGGCCCGGGGGUCCCGAGGGCUCCUCGGGGCCCUCCGGAAGCUGCCCUGCGCCAUCGCCAGGCUGGUGCUGGCGCACACGCUGGGCCGGCGGAUGCUGUUCCCGGGCUCGGUGCGGCUGCUGCAGCGAGCGCUGCUGCCCAACCUGCUGCAGGGGCAGGCCCGGCUCGUGGAGCAGGUCAGACCCCUCCCCAGAUAAACCUGAGCCCCCCUGAGACCCCUGAACACACCCCUGAACCCACAGAACCCACCCCUGAACCCACAACCCAACUCCCCAACCCAACCUGCUGC